GAAGACAGAGCGAAAAUGAAUACUAGAGUGUGUGUCACAUCGAAGCUAUUUCGCUCAUAACAGAGGUUUUAUUUUGACAGUGUGGUUUACGAAUGGCUCACGCGAUGUCCGGUACACCGGUUGAGCCCUGAGGGAAACCGAAAAGCGUCGAUCCGUGCGCGUGACCGCGUAAGAUCAGAAAUAUCGCAGCUCGGGUUCCCUUACAACGGAUUGUCGCUGCAUGUGUCACUGUGAGUGCUAGCUGUGCUACAGUCUCGAAUCCCGUUCUCUUUAUUAACGUUCAUGUGCGUAUUAUUGGCAGUGCAUUUGCAGUAGAACAGAUGCAAUAUUGAAGUAACUUCUUCGAAUUACCACCGAUGAGUUUAGCCGUGUUGUGCUCUGUUCGGUGCUACUCCUUCAACUAAUCGCGUGUGUGAUGCCCGGGAGUCGCUCCAGUACGGACCCAGAGCACAAGUCACCGCGGGAAAGUGGUGAAGAUUCGGAAGAUGAGAGUGAAAUCCUGGAGGAGAGCCCCUGCGGGCGGUGGCUCAAACGCCGGGAAGAGGUAUAUGUAGGUUCCAAGUCCACAUUAGCUGAAGGCCCUACCUUUGGAGCAACCAGAGGCAGUGAAAACGAAGUUACUGAAAUGGAGGUGGAACAACGUGAUGUACCAGGAAUCGAUUGUGCCUAUUUGGCAAUGGAUACAGAAGAAGGUGUUGAAGUUGUUUGGAAUGAGGUGCAAUUUUCUGAAAGGAAGAAUUUCAAAGCGCAAGAAGAAAAGAUACAACUUGUAUUUGAAAAUCUUACACAGUUAGAACACCCCAAUAUUGUUAAAUUUCAUAGGUAUUGGACAGAUACCCAUAAUGAUAAGCCUCGGGUUAUAUUUAUAACUGAGUAUAUGUCCUCUGGAUCUUUAAAACAGUUCCUAAAAAGAACAAAGCGUAAUGUGAAAAAAUUACCUUUGCAAGCAUGGAAACGUUGGUGUACUCAAAUACUUUCUGCACUGAGUUAUUUGCAUUCCUGUUCACCCCCCAUUAUUCAUGGAAAUCUUACUUGCGACACUAUAUUUAUUCAACAUAAUGGGCUUGUAAAAAUUGGGUCAGUUGCUCCUGAUGCAAUUCAUCAUCAUGUUAAAACAUGUAGAGCAAACAUGAAGAACAUGCAUUUUGUAGCUCCUGAAUAUGGAAAUUCUGUAACACCAGCCAUUGAUAUUUAUUCGUUUGGAAUGUGCGCUUUGGAAAUGGCUGCAUUGGAAAUUCAGGGUAACGGUGAUACCGGUACGAUUGUGACCGACGAUAAUGUUCGAAAAACCAUAGAAUCAUUAGAUGAUACUCAGCAAAAAGAUUUCAUUCGAAAAUGUCUUCAAGUAGACCCCCUCAGUAGACCAAGCGCGAGGGAGCUCCUUUUUCAUCCUGUCUUAUUUGAAGUACAUUCGUUGAAAUUACUUGCUGCUCAUGCUUUGGUUAAUUCAGCCACAAAUAUUUCAGAAACAAUAACAGAUGAAGUACUGCAAAGGCUCUACGGACCUGAUACGGUAGUCGCGGAAAUUAAAUAUCAAAGUCGACCACCGCAGCAGAUUCGAUUAAGUGAUAUUCCUGUUACAGAAAAGUUAGAAAAGUUUGUAGAAGAUGUAAAAUAUGGUAUAUAUCCCCUAACAGCAUUUAUGGCGAAACUACCGCCACCGGUUCGACCGAGGGCAAUAUCACCUGAGGUUACCGAAUCAGUGAAAUCGGUCACACCCGAACCGGUGGACGUAGAGUCUCGAAGAGUAGUUAAUAUGAUGUGUAAUGUUAAGCCUAGGGAAGAAAGUUGUGAAUUACUUAUGACAAUAUUAUUACGAAUGGAUGACAAAAUGAAUAGGCAAUUGACGUGUCCUGUAAGUCAAUUAGAUACUUCAAUGCUUCUUGCACAGGAGCUUGUACAUUUUGGAUUUAUUAACGAGAAUGAUCGUGAUAAAAUAGCAAAUUUAAUUGAAGAGGCAUUAAGGAGUUGCUUUAACAAGCAAAUGAUGACGCCAGGAAUGGUGUCGUUAACUAAUCUUCCCACUCAAACUACUUUAUUGCUGCCUGGCCCGGAAUUUUCAUGCUUGCAACACUUUGAUAAUUCUAUGUAUAAUGCGACAUCUCAUAGUGAUAAUGUAAUAACUAACCCGCUGCCAAAAACCUCAGGUCUCCCCGUGUCGAGUAACACGAGCAGAAGUAACGAUGAAAUGGAACCACCGUUGAAUACCGAAAGCGGUAGUUAACCAUCCAGGAUAUCUGGUAACUCAGUUCACUGUGCCACUUUGCACGCUCUAUGUAUAGACUGGCUAUGUAUUUUUAUAUUUAAGUAAACAGAAAGAAAAAAUGGAAUUAAAUGAUAAAAGAAAAAAAAAUAAAAAUGGAAAAAAAGAAAAAAGGUGCCGUGGCUAAAGCACUAGGCUACAAAAUACUAACACGGGAGAUUCGAACAUAUUUAUUUGAUAAACUGUUUCACGUGUUCGAUAUGUAAAAAAAUCUAAUUUAAUCGAGUAAUCAAUAUCUUUUUCUUUCUUUCUUUCUUUCUAUCUUUCAUUCAUUU